AUGGCUCCCGGAAUGUCCCUUUUCUCGGUCAAUGCGAUCCUGAUCCUCUCGGCCGACGAUGGCUCGCGCAUCUUUGCCAACUACUACUCGGCACCCCACCAAACUCCAGGCGCGUCGGAGAAGAGCCCAUACGCAGAUGUCAAGUCACAGAAGACCUUUGAGAAGGGUUUAUUAGAAAAGACCGCAAAGCAGACCGGCGACAUUAUCUUGUAUGACAACAGAAUAGUGCUGUACAAGAUGGAGUCGGACGUCAUGAUGUACGUUGUCGGAUCGGUCAACGAGAACGAAGUUCUGCUUUACAAUGUCAUCCUUGCCCUUCGGGAUUCCCUGCACCUGCUUUUCAAGCAGUCUGUUGACAAGCGGACCAUAAUCGAGAACUACGACUUGGUGUCUUUGGCAAUUGACGAGAUUGUCGACUCUGGAAUCAUCCUCGAGACAGACCCAGUUGUGAUCAGCCAGAGAGUAUCGAAAGCACCGACGCAAGAUGUCAACCUCAGCCGAAUCGACUUGAGCGAACAGGGCGUCAACAACCUGGCACAACUAGGAAAGGCCAAGCUGACAGACUGGCUGCGCCAGGGCUUGUAA